AUGGCGCGACGAGUGCGAACAGGAUGCAUCACCUGUCGAGCAAGGAAGAUCAAAUGCGACGAAACCGCCGGCGGGUGCCAGAACUGCCGUCUCCGCCAGCUGCAGUGCGACUUUCAAGCGAAUCCCCUGCACGAGCCAAUCCAGAAUGAUUGCGGGCAGAAAGAUACCCGCCCAGCCUGUCAACCCUGUCGACAGGCCCGGGCGAGAUGCUCGCGUGGGCAUCCCUGCAGUCGAUGUCUCGCGCGAGACGUUCCCUGCGUCUAUCCCCCUGGCCGACCUGGCGAUGGCCUCAGCUUGACUCCGGCUGCCAGUGCGCGACUCGCCGCUGGCUUACGCAAGGUUGAAAGAACUCAUAAUAGAGAGGCCAUAAACAACAACAACAACAUCAACAUCUCUCUCCAACAUGUGUCUGCGUUCUUCGAGUGUAUUGCUCCAUACCAGGCCAACGGCUUCCUGCACCGAGCAACUCUCCAGCAGAGACUCGCCGAACAGACGGUGCCAGAAACCCUGAUUCUGGCCCUGUGUGCCAUCACCGCCCGCUUUGUCCAGGGCUCAUCCGUGUCGGCCAGCCAGCUGGCCGAACAGGCCCAGCAGCGCCUGUUCGAUACCGACGAGAUCUCCGUGUCGCACUGUGCGGCGGCGGUGCUCCUGGCGAAACACGCGGCGUACAGCGGGAGAUUCAACACGGCGUUUCUGUUGGCAGCGUUGGCGAAUCGAUACGCGUUGAAAUUGCGUCUAUACACCGAAGGCACUGGCAAUGCUAUUGCUAGCAAUAUGUGGAUCGAUCAGGAACAGAACCGCCGGCUGAUGUUUGCCUGUUAUGCGGUCGACCGCAUGACGGCCACCGGGAGGGAAGAGUUGACCUGCAGUCGGGCCCGAGAUAUCAUGAUCCAGCUGCCGGCCGAUGAAUAUAGUUUCCAACAUGGAAUCCCCUGUAUCACCCCGCUGCCGACGCUGGAAGGAGAGGAAAGGGCCGAGAGUCGCGACGGGGUGGGAAUCAUGGGCCAUUACGUUCUGCUGGUUGGCAUCCGCUAUGGCAUCUUACGAUACAUUGAGAAUAUCACUCAUCAAGACCCCCCCUGGCAAGGCAAAGAGUACGACCUCCUGCUGCGCAAACUGGCUCGGUGGAAGACAAACCUCCCCGCCAGACUGUCGCUGACAGAAAGCAACCUCAACCAGAGCGAGACAGCCAAGCAUGGCCCUCUGGUGAUGCUCCAUCUGUGGUGGGACAUGCUUCACUGCGAGCUGUUCCGGCUCGCCCUGCAGACGCACCAGCCCGACGUCCAGGCUUUGUUCCUCGCAGCGCCCCCAGGCUGGAUCACCCAGACGCAGGACCGAUGCGUGAUGCACGCCAGACAAAUGGGGAGCACCUUGUCCCUGCUGGAAAGCUGCAGCCCGGGCUGUGUGGUUUACGAUCCCUCGCUGGCGAUGCUGUGCUAUGCCGCCGUCAAGAUCCAGUUGCUCUACGCCGUGUCGAGAGAUCCGUUGGGUCUCCAGGGGGAAGCCGUUCAUUAUCUCUCUGUCCUGCUGCAGGUUGUCGAUCGACUGACGCCGUUUUUCAACACGGCUGCUGUGCUGUUGGAUGAAAUGAAGUGGACGCUGCGGCAACAUGGGAUUGGGCCAUGGAGUGAAUCUCCCCCUGCAGACGCAAAAGACCAUCCAUGGCUGGACCGGGUGAGGGAUAUGGAGCAGGGCUAUCUGAUUGACAUUGAUCAGUUGCUGAUGCCGUUGUUGUAG